GAGAUAGCAGGCAGCGAACGACAAAUCCCAUCCCAUCUCCCGGGGGAAGACGAGCUUUGGAGUCAAAACGUGCGCAUUUUUGGUGUGUGCGUGUUUGUGUGUGGUUAAUUUUUGUAUGUGCGUGCGUCCGUCCGUGCGUGCUACUUCUGUUCAGCGUGUGUGCGAUCGCGUUGCUAAUCGUGCGUGUGCGUUGUCAGAGCCUGGUUUGGUGUAGGUGUGAGCGACCUUUGACCUGUCUUCAAGGGGCCCCGCAGCAAAAACAUCAGCAACGGUUACAGUGUUACCAUUGUUGUUGUUUUUCUUUUCUACGUGUGCCAAAAGCCACCUUCGCCAAAAACAAAAUCAUCGCCUUCCGUUCCGAGAUCGGCCCCGUCGGAUCAUCGUUCCCUAGCCAGCGUCCGUCACUCACGUUGCUAACGAUAGAAGGCUCUUGUACACCAGUUCAUUCGAUUUCGAGAUUAAGCAUCCUGAUACGCUGAUUGUAUUUACACGCGUUGUGUGAUUUUUAUCAAACAAAACCUCUUCCAAACACCUUUGCUCACGGAAACAAACUAUACAGCAAACAAACUACACACGGCAGUAGCAGAGAAAGAAAUGAUCCUGUGAACAAUAAUUAGGAAGUGUUAGUGAAAUGUAAACGUUAGCUAGUGAAAUUAACAUAACGCUCUUCGAACGGUGAUUACGUAUACGCAUGCAGUUUUGGGGAGAAAAAUUGUGCUAAGUGUAGUUCCCUGCCGUCACAAACACAACACGCAACAGCUCUAAGUGACUCUAUCACAAGUGACAGCUGUCAAAUAAACACUAAAACACUCUAGCACGCAGUAGUGACAGUUUGAAUGUGUACUACCGAACGGAUUGGAUGCUGGAUUGAUUUCAUUUUCAUUUUCAACAAAAACUGCUCGAAAAGCGCUGAUCCGUACCGACGGUGCAUUCACAGGAUUUCGGUUCCUCGCGUUGUGUUCGAGCCACUGCUAGACCAUUUCACUGCACAGAGAUGCGAUCUAUCUUUGUCGGAAUGAACUCCAUCCUGAUCGUAGCGGUGGUUGUGCUGUUGCUGCUGAACGAAAGUAAAGCCAACUCCACGCCGAACAGCGAUGCCUUGAUCAGUCAGUUAACUCGCUCACGCUAUUGUGGCCGUCGGCUUACAGAGACGCUUGCCUUCCUCUGCCAGGGACGAUAUCCGAUGCUAACGCACUACCGAACCGACUACGUCCACGAUCAGCAAAACCAGCGGGUAAAGGUAGAAGUAGCAACGCUGCCUGAUACACUGCCACCGGGCUUCCCGUAUCCUGGGGCUGGUGUGCACCGGCGUAGUCGGCGCAAUUCCGGCGGUAUUUACGAUGAGUGCUGCAAGAAGAGCUGCUCGUACGUCGAGCUGCGUGCGUACUGUGAUUGAGCGGACCGGAGUGUUCAUCACCCACCGCCUGUACUAGCCGAGACGAGUGGUUUCGGGAUGCGGAUGAAAACAACAACAAAAGCCCCCGGAUGUAAUGAGCAGCCGACGAUGCAUUUACCAGGCUUGCUGUUCAUAAUCAAUUGCUUGCGUAUUAUUCUAUCCAGUUUACUUUAUUAUAAUUUCGAUUUUCGAUUUUUCUGCAAUUUUACUCGCACUUCCCAACUUGUACACCGGGGAAGAUCUAUUACUAUUACUUUUACAACGUUUUUGUAGGAUAUUACAAUUAGCUGCAAAAGCGGUUGUACUACAUUACUCCCAAUAUGAAUUUUUAUUCAUGCGCGCGUCGAGAAGAAACUGGAGACCGUUUGGGCAUCUCAAGCGUCUCGUGCAUUUUGUGUUUGUGCUUUACUAUUAUAGUUUACCUACGCUCUUUUUGUCCUUUUUUGCUCUACCAUUUCCAACCCUUCCAACAUCGAGCGUUUCCUUGCUUUUACAAUCAAAUAUAGCGCACACUCUAGCUUUGUUAAAUCUUCCCAACUGUUCAAGCUUCCUAUUUUUUAUACACAUGUAUACACAUUACGAGUUACGAUAAUAUAGCGCUUCUGUGUUACGAACGGAACGUGAGACGGAAUUUCGGUAACAAUCAGUGAGGUAACGUAUAACGCACAUUAGGCAUAAUAAGCUCCUUGCCGGAAGCGCAUAUUGCAGUGCCCUUUCUGCUUGGGUUCUAGCUUCAAGAUGAAUAUUCACUAGAACGUAAACGAAAACAUGGUGUUCACUGAUGCCGAGUUCCGUACCGCUACCAUUCGAUUCGAUAGUAUAUGUAUAUUUAGUAUACGGUCAAAAGGUGUGAGAUGUUGAAGGAGGUGUACACGGUGCAAGUUUUGUUUUGCUUUGCACGUUUUUGUGGUAACUUAUUCGCUGGCCAUCGAUGCUGGCCGAUAUGCUGGUAACAGUAACGAAAGAUAUCCAAGGUGUGCUUGAGCAUGUGUCUACGAGCGUGCUCACGCUACGAUCUUAUGUGAGUAUUUAUUCACCACUCGAGAGGGUGGGCGAAACGAUGACAAACUAUAGAAGCAAGUUAUUAGAAGAAAAGGAUAUUCCUGGCCAGAAAAUAGCGUGCAGAUAUUCCAAGCGGUUAGAUAGAGCGUUUGAUAGCAAUAGCUGCAAGUACAAGCUUAUAGGCGAAAUUGAAAAAAAAACAUAUGGCAAAACUUCACCACACUCGA